AUGCCGGCGCGGCUGCAGCGGGGCUCGGUCCCCGGGGAGCACGCGGCAGGCAGCGCCCGCCCGCCGGGCCCCGGCGCCGCGCGGCUGCCCGUGGCCGACGCGGCCGGCAGCAGGCGCUUCCCGCAGGCCAUCAUCGUCGGCGUGAAGAAGGGCGGCACGCGCGCGCUGCUCGAGUUCCUGCGCAUCCACCCGGACGUGCGCGCCGUGGGCGCCGAGCCCCACUUCUUCGACAGGUGCUACGAGAAGGGGCUGCUCUGGUACAGAAACCUGAUGCCAAGAACUUUAGAGGGACAGAUCACCAUGGAGAAAACGCCGAGUUACUUUGUGACGAAGGAAGCCCCGAGGCGCAUUUACAAUAUGUCCAGGGACACCAAGCUGAUCGUGGUGGUGCGCAACCCAGUGACGCGGGCCAUCUCAGACUACGCGCAGACGCUCUCCAAGAACCCCGCCAUCCCCAGCUUCCAGGCCUUGACCUUCAAGAACUUGAGCACAGGCCUGAUUGACACGGCCUGGAGCGCCGUCAGGAUCGGGAUUUAUGCCAAGCACCUGGACAACUGGCUCCAGUACUUCCCCCUGUCCAGGUUUCUCUUUGUCAGCGGGGAGAGACUGGUGAGCGACCCGGCCGGGGAGAUGGGCCGUGUCCAGGACUUCCUGGGCCUCAAGCGGGUGGUGACAGACAAGCACUUCUACUUCAACGAAACCAAGGGGUUCCCUUGCUUGAAGAAGCCCGAGGGGAGCAGCCGCCCUCGGUGCCUGGGGAAGUCCAAAGGGCGGCCUCACCCCAGAAUCAGCCAGCAAGUGAUCCAGCGCCUGCAGCAGUUCUACAGACCCUUCAACAUGAAGUUCUACCAAAUGACCGGGCAGGAUUUUGGGUGGGACUGA